UCCCACCUCACACUUGCCAGUACCAGAGCUCUCCGCCUGGCAACCAGCUAGAGCAUUGUGUCUUCUUGGCGAAUAGAGUGGGAGAAAGAAGGAUAGACAGGGCAGUGAAAAAGAGAGAGAGAGAGAGAGAGAGAGAGAGAGAGAGAGAGAGAGAGAUGAGAAUGACAUAUGGACAGGGGGCGGCAUGUGUGUCUUCGUUCAAAGGAGCAACUUCACGCCGAAAAACAAAUACGUACAUUUGGACGGUCUAAUUCUGACUUCAUCUCUUUGUGAAUAUUUGGGACUUUUAUAAAUAUAUCUAAUUAUUAGCUUUUAAAGUGAUUCGCAGAAUAUGAGAAGUGUUUUGAGCGGUGUCAGACAGUUUUGACCUUAGAGAUUGACAGACAGACAGACAGUGACGGGCUGCUGGAGGAGGAGGAGGAGGAGGGCGUUAAACACUGAGGAGAUACAACAUGUGCGUUUACAGAUCACUUGAACGGAUUUUGCAUGACAGACAGACAAGCCACACUGGAUAUCAUAAUGUAUCUACUCUUUGAUAUCAAUCCAAUCUUCAGGGGUCUGGGACGUUUUGAAUGCUUAAAAGGAUUUUGACUUACAUCCUCAAAAUACACACAGACAGACAGAUAGACGGACAGACUCAUAAAGAGCAGCCACUAGAGACUUUUUCAAAACCUAGAAUCUGCUGCUCAGGAUGUACUGUGGGAGAAAUCCACUCCAUAUCAGACCGCAACAACCACCCUGGCUCCACGCUGCACCCAGAGACGAUACCACAGAAGGGCUACUCCAUUAAAGACUGCAAGGACUGAAACAUUUGUUUCAUUGGCACCCUCUGUAAUGUUGAAGUGAGGGAAUGAAUACAGGCAUGUUUACUCACACUCACAGCCAGCAGAGGCGGGAAUGAUGGGUAAUAAGGCUGGAUCAGAGGACAGCUAUAGCUCAAUCCGAGGCAAAUAUAAUCUGAACUGACAGAUAGAAGACUCACAUACUGACCCUGGCAAAGAUAAGAACAUCUGAUGGGUUGCAGGUUGGCCAGAGGAAAAUACACAUUUCUAGCGAGUAGAGCAGCAAAAUAUUGCAUACUUAGCAAGAAAGCAGAACAAAUGAAGAGGAAGUAAAAUACACAUACACUUGGUUAGAAGAGGUUUAAAGGGCUCUGCAGGACAAGCUACAGGUGGUACAAAUGAAUAUGUUACUUAUUCUCACACAUAUAUAUAUAUAUAUAUAUAUAUAUAGACACACUGACACACACUGAGCAGCCGGGAGGAACAAAAUUUUGGAAAUACUGAGGAUUCCCCAAGAGUCUUUCCUACCAUGAUGGAGAAGCUAAAUCCCACCAGCCCACCUACCUCACCCCCCAACCUACCUCGCCCCUCCUCCUCCUCCUCCUCUUCCUCCUCUUCCUCCCCAUCCUGUGCCUCCGUAGAGCAGCACAGUCCCCUCCAAAACAGGCCUUUAGCAUCCUCGUAUGCUAUCAGCAGCCCGUGUCCUGCUAACAAGACAGUGCACAAGGGACACACGAAUGUCCCCUCUGCUGGCUCGAUUCAGUCCCCCAUUGCCACGGCGACGGCGUUAACCAGUCACAACGUAGGGACAGCUACUGCACCUGAGCCCAUCGUCAUGGAGACCGAGGAGGAGGAGGAGGAAGAGGAGGAGGAGAAGCGAGGAGGACCAAAGUGCACCACAGCCCCUUCUGCUUCUGCCAAGGGGUCCCCAACCCUUUCCUCUCCACCUCCGCUCCUCCCGGCGCCAGCCAAGUCCUCCUCGUGCACUUUACCACGUCCAACCUCCACCAGAUCCUUCCCUUUGUCUUCAUCAUCCUCUCCUCUUCCUCCACACAUUCCAGUCAUCAGCCUCGGUCACAGCAAACCCCCUCUCCCGCUCCCUAAUACCCCUUUGACUGCCCUCCACCCAAUUCCCAGUCUCCUACAUGGGCCCCAUGGGGACCUUCGCCGCAGUCAGUUGGCCUGUUUGCCUGUGGCCAGCCCUGGAGCUUCUGGGGGCCAUUCAGCUCCCUCCCCAGGACCCUUGUUGCCUCAGCAGUACCUGUCUGCACACCCCUUCUUCACCAGUUCUUACCUGGGUCCCUCAGGAGGAAACUAUGGUGUCAUCAACAACAGCCGGAUCAAGAGAAGACCCUCAUCGCACUUUGAGGUGGAGAUCAAUGAUUGCCCUACACACUCAGACAGUGAUUAUGUGUGUCUAACAGGCCCUCCUCAGAAACUCGCUCGACGUGUCUUCACCAACAGCCGCGAGCGCUGGCGACAGCAGAACGUAAACGGGGCUUUCUCUGAGCUAAGAAAACUCAUUCCCACACACCCACCCGACAAGAAGCUCAGCAAGAAUGAAAUCCUCCGUUUGGCUGUAAAGUACAUCAACUUCUUGGUCACUCUGCUCAAUGACCAAGCACAAGACAAGAACAGGGACUCAGCUGAGGACGAGAGCAGCACCACUGGGUUGGACAGUAAUAAACGGAACCGUAUUUUUAAGUGCAACACUCCUCCUCCGUCCCACGCCGACCUGCCAUCCUCAGCACGUCCCACCACAGUCCACAGAGACUCAACUGACUCAGUCAUUGCUCUGGCUAACUCCCCAGCAACAUCAAGUUGCUAUGGUGACACAGACAGUGAGGAAAGCUUUGGGGCUAAGACCUCUAUGGUGACACAGGGCAUUCUGGGAAAGGUCAAAGGUCAGAUACGGAUGGUGGCAGCCACAAAUGAUGAGCGGUGACACCAAAAGACAGCAAACAGAGAGGUGUAAAUGUCACACUGACAGACAGGACACACAAUCACUGCCAAAUUCCAAAAGGGGUUUGUGGAGCCAGUAUUUCUCAUUUCAACUCCCAAGUAGUGAAAUGGAAUUUUGGAGAAUUUUUGUAGUUUUGACUAUCUCUGUCUUUUGCAGUGGUGUGUAAACAUUGAGGGUAAGGCUCUGUGUUUUAGGAAAAGACUAAAUUGUGCUGUGGGGAAAGUAGUAAGGCAUGCAGACACCACAGAACAUGCAAACAGACUUGAACAUGUUUUAUAUCCAAGUAAGGUCCCAAUGUUCCAACGUCAAACAAUGUGGAUCCACAACAUGGACAAAUUGACCCUUCGCUAAGCCCCGCCCUUCUUAGUUACUGUUGCUACGCCUGACAAGCUUUCGUGCCUGGCACAUCUAUUACAGUAUGUAAUAACCGGUGUCAGACAUUCCCAAGGAGAUAAUUAGUAAUUUUUGGCAAACAGGUGAAAUAUUUGAGAGAGCAAGACAAAAGGGACUGCAGUAUGCAUUCAAGGGAUAUAUCCACGACAUAAUAUGCAACCGAUGAGAGAAUAAUUUCAUCAAAAUUGAAGCUAAAGCCUAUAGGUCAUGCCAUAAUGUGAGCCGCCUCAUACGCUGACCAUUCAAAUGGGAAACACACAAAUUGAGGAACACCUAUGUUCAUGCACAGCAGGGUAAGUGAAAUUUGAAAAUAAUCUAAUAAUUAUAAAUCAAACAUCUUAUCCGUAAGUCUUGUGGAUUAAACACAAGACAUUACCCUGACCACUUUGCAAUGAUAAUGCGAUUAACAAAAUGCUGAAAUAUAUUUUAAAGUAUGUCAGUAAGCCUCCGUCUUGCCUUUAAUCAUCUUAUUUUACGUUCAAAUAUAUGCAUUAUGAACAAAGAACCGUCAUUAUUUCCAAGCAAUGCUGUGCUGAGUUAGCUAUCAUUAGCGUGCAAGAGCCUUGGAGCAAACGUAGGUGUUUUUGCUAAUCCUGUCAACAUUUAGCUAGUUGUGAAUGGGGCCUCCCACACUGCUUGAUCCACGCCCGGCAUUUCUCCCCUUGGGUUUUAGUUUUGGGAAGGGAAAACAUUCUACCACCCUGUCCAAACUUUUCGGAUACCGGGUAUCGGAUUUGCACAAUCCAUACCACAACGCUUCAGCAUGUUUCCCUCGCUCGAAAGCUUGACAGACCUCCCGCGCCUAGUUACGGUUACUAAGCCACGAUUGGCGUGUGGCGGUUUUCGGGCGCGGGUUAGCUAAGGGUCAAUUAUGCAAAACAGGAUCCUGGAAAUCUAAUGAGAUUGUAUGUUUUGAUUUCUACGUGUUAAUAAUACAAAUCUAAUAAUCUCUUCUCAGUCAAGAUAUUCAGGAUGUUGAAUUCCUCCUCUGUAGACUCAUAAAAUGGUAAAUCUCUCUCUCUUUUUGUUCCAGUCUCAGAAAUGUACAAUUAAAUAAUUUGCAUUACCCCAGUACAAUUAUUAAAAGCAUAUAAAUACUCUAUUGUGUCUGCAAAGAAGAGCAUGUAAUGCAUUCAUGAUUGAAGUUGUGGUUUUUAAUGUUAAUGUCAGAGAAGCAGGGCCGAUGGUCCCACCCUGACAUUGUGACACACUUGUACCGGACAGAAAUAAAGUGUGUUUUAGUUUGCUGUUCCUUA